CGUUGCGGCAAUGUCGGCCGAGGUCGGAUCAUGUCGUUUUCCCUGAGUUUCCGUAAUCGUAGGGCCAUGCUUAUCGAGUCUGUUCAUAUUUUUAGUUUCCACCCUCUGGCCUAAGCUCGCCUGUCAAACCUGCUAACAGGCACGCAAUAAUGAGCUCCAAUAAACUGAACCGGAUUUGUCAGGAAAAUGGGAUCAAGCUUUGCCUCCUUCUGCUGUUGGCGAUUUGCACGCGAGUGAUCUUCGCAUCCCAGUCAAAGCACGUGAUAACGAAGCGAAACUACAGUGACCAAAGCGUCAGAGGAUAUCUGGCGGAGAGGACUUGCUGGUGGAACGAAGUUUGCAAGGAGGAAUUUCACAGCAAGUUUCGUUGCCGAUGUCCACGAUGGUCGUACUGCAGGGCUCCGGGUCGCUACUACGACGCUCAUUGCAGCAUGACCAGGACCGGGUACAUUUGGACCCAACCGGAGACUUCCUUGGCACGAGAAAUUCAAAAAUAGUCCAUCAGGGCCGUGAUGAUAAACCGCAAAGACGCUCGGUUUAAUUCAUCCAGAUUGACGGACUUCUAGCUAGUUGCAUGGACACCUUUUCUGCACAACUUUUCGCGAAUCUGACGGUUCACUUGGAGUAAUCGUUGAUAAAACUUUGGUAUACCAGGGGAACAGAACCAACGUUGUAAUUAGUUGGUUGAAUGAUGAUUUGUAAUUUAUUUCGUAUUGUUUUGCGAUCAUUGCACUUUUUGCGGUUGAGGGACUAAUGGCUCGGGUGAACGAUGAUUUUGCAGAGAGAAGCAGGAGGAAGGAUUGACAUUGACGUUUAUGAGCCACAAUUUAGGUCGAACAAUGAUAGACUAAGGUUGAAAAAAUUUUACAUCGAGGAUUGCGAUGAAAAGAGUCGAACAAACUUAUAACUUAUUAAACGAACAUGUGAUGCAACGACUAUCAGUAGGGAAAAUAGAUGAAAAUAUAAGAUUGCGGUAGAGGAUGAGAUUAUCAAUUUUUCUUACAAUUUUAGAUGCGCAGGCAUAACAUGUGUGUACGUGUACUCAUAGAAUUUUAAUCGUUACAAUUAUUGCCGCGAUAUUCGCGCAGUAGAAGGAGAAACAAGUUUACGACAAUAUUAUUAUACUGUAAUACUAUAAUAACGUAGGUGAUAUAUUAAUGUUUAUUCGUAUAUAUCAUUUUCUUAUACCAUCUCAAUAUUAUACAAAUAAAACGAAGAAUUGGUCAA